AUGCCUCUUGGCCAGGAAUUUCAUGAUGAUGACAGUACCUCAUCGACCUUGAAUGAGAACCCGUCAACUCCUUUGAUCAAUCUGGUCGAUGGUGAUAUCGAGAGUGGUGCCGCUGCCCUGCAGAAUGGUCCAAGAUCAGACAUGAUGCCAGAACUAUUACAAGCUCGGCCUGAUGGUCAGAAAUUUUCCGCCAUUAUCAAUGUUGGCGGCAUGAGCUGUGUUGCAUGUUCCAACUCAAUUACGAAUGGUGUUCGUGAAAACUUCGAAUUCGUGGAUGAUAUCUCCGUCAACAACCUCACUCACAGCGCGGCGGUGCGCUGGACAGGAGCUCGAUCAGACGUUAACAAGAUCAUUGAGCAAAUAGAAGAUAUGGGCUUUGAGGCUGUUCUUGACCAUGUCAAUAGCAAAGCCGUCUCGGCCCGAAGUAACCAGAAUGUAUAUGUUGUCGAUUUGGCUAUCACCGGCUUGACUUGCGGGUCAUGUGUGGAAAGCAUCACGAGAGGGUUGCAAAGUUUGCCUUUCGUCACGAACGUGGCAAUCAAUUUUCUUUCACAUAGCGGGAAGGUCGUGUUUGAAGGCAGGGAAAAUUCCCACGCGAUUAUUGCGAAAAUCGAGGACUUGGGAUAUAAUGCUUCAAUUCAUGGCAUAUGCCCUGUCAAUUCGGACACUGAUACUGUUACUCCAACAGGUGCCAGAACUAUAUCUAUCCGAAUCGAUGGGAUGUUCAAUGACCGUUGCAUCGAUCUGGUCGUGGAGUCUUUCAACGAUAUCUCAGGGCUGAAAAUUGAGGAGCGACCAUCUCUCAACAACCCAAUCAUAACAAUCACAUACUUUCCACAGCCUCCCUCUCUCACCAUACGAUCUAUACUCAACACCAUCGACUCGGUCGACAAGACCUUCCACGCAAAAGUCUACCGUCCCCCUAGCAACGAGGAACGAUCUCGACUAAUGCAAAAAAGAACCCGAGUCCAAUUGCUUCGACGCCUGCUUUUUGUCUUUAUCAUCUCGAUCCCCACGUUUCUUAUUGGAAUGGUGUUUAUGAACUUUGCAGCACCAGAAAACGAAAUCCGAAAAUACCUGGAGGCACCUCAAUGGCUUCAAAUCACUCGAAUGGACUGGACGCUACUCUUCCUGACUACUCCAGUCAUGUUUUAUGGUGCAGAUUUGUUUCAUAAACGAGCCUUCAAGGAGAUAUACGCACUUUGGCGGCUUGGAAGCCCCACGCCUCUGGCACAAAGAUUCUUUCGCUUUGGAAGCAUGAAUCUUUUGAUUUCUGCUGGUACUGCAGUAGCAUAUGUGGCAUCGUUGAUUUCUCUGAUCUUUGACGCGGUUUAUGACACGGCAGCUGACGCUCAUCGCUCAACAUGUUUUGACUCUGUGGUGUUUCUGACCCUUUUCAUACUUGCAGGGCGCUGCCUGGAAACGUACAGUAAGGAGCGGACGGAUGAUGCUGUUGCUUCCCUCGGUCAAUUACUUCCUUCCGAAGCAAUUCUUGUGGAAAAAUUUGGAGCAUUCAGUUCAGAAAGAUUUCAAAAUAUUAGUACCCAUCUUUUGGAGAUCGGUGACAUUGUCACUGUUCCUCAUGGUGCAUUGCCGCCUGCGGACGGGACUAUCCUUAGUACUGGCACCUAUCACUUUGACGAAAGUUCUUUGACUGGUGAAUCCAGUCCAGUCCAGAAAAGUGCAGGUGAUCAAGUUUUCGCCGGUGCAAUCAACGUUGGUUCACCUGUGCAGGUUCGGCUUACUGGCGUGGGAGGUUUGUCAAUGCUAGAUCAGAUCAUCAUGGUCGUCCGUGAAGGUCAAAGCAAGCGAGCAUCCAUUGAGAGGGCUGUGGAUACCCUCACAAGUCUCUUUGUACCUGUCAUCACUCUGAUUGCAAUUAUCACGUUUAUCACCUGGGUAACCCUAGCGUCUGCAGGUGUUUUGCCGAGGGAUUACCUAGAUUCUCCUCAUAUAAGUUCGACCUUUUGGAGCUUAGAAUUUGCCAUUGCUGUGUUUGUAGUUGCUUGUCCCUGUGGGUUAGCCCUUGCUGCUCCCACGGCUCUGUUCGUUGGUGGAGGAGUCGCCGCUAGGCAUGGUAUCCUUGUUAAGGGUGGUGGCGAAGCAUUCCAGGAGGCAAGUCGUCUGAAUGCCGUUGUCUUUGAUAAGACCGGUACACUUACGGAUAGUGGGAGCCUCCAUAUUAGCGAUUAUGAGGUCCUCACUGGAAAUUUGGAGCAACUGUCUGUUGCAUGGAAUAUCGCCCAGAGCUUAGAGGAGCAAAGCAAACAUCCAAUUGCCACAGCAAUCCGACAGUUUUGUCAAGACAAAGGAGCACCUUUUGUUCACAUUGUUGAUUCGGAUAUAUCUGAAAUCGCCGGUCAUGGAAUGCAAGGUACAUUCACUCUGAACCUCGACGGUGAGAGAUCAGAUGAUGGUUCUUCAGCGAAAUAUAUUCAAUAUGAAGCUGCUAUUGGUAAUGAGCGUCUGCUACAGCGACUCUCGCCUCCGAGUACAGACACCUACUAUCUGUCUUCACUUCUUUCAAAGUAUAAAACAACAGGGAAGUCCGUGGUGAUACUCUCGAUUCGCCGAAGUGAUGCACCAGAACCCUCCGAACGGACUCCUCUCACUCCAGUCAUCGUGUUUGCAGUUUCCGAGAGCAUUCGGCCCGAGGCAGCAAGGGUUGUCGCCAGACUUCAGGAUAAUAACGUCGAUGUCUUCAUGUGCACAGGCGACAAUCAGACAACUGCCCAGGCCGUCGCAGAAACCUUGGGCAUUCCUCAUACCCACAUCAUGGCGAACGUUUUGCCAAACGAAAAGGCUGACUUCGUGAAUCAAGUGCAGCAAGGCACACUGGAGCUUCAAUCAAUCUCAGCAAGAGGCAAGAGAGCUAGGUCCGAAGCCCGUCCACGAUCAAUAGUCGCCUUCGUCGGCGACGGAGUCAACGAUGCACCUGCUCUUGCUGCUGCAGAUGUCAGCGUUGCCAUGGCCUCUGGCUCCGAUGUAGCAAUAAAGCUUGUCCUCUUGAGCCGCCGAGUGUUCCGUCGCGUCAGAUUCAACUUCGUCUGGGCACUGGCGUAUAAUGUGUGCCUCAUUCCCAUUGCGGCCGGUGUGCUCUAUCCCGUCGUUAUCGGUCAGAGAGAGUGUGUGAUCGAUGGCAGGGUGGUGCUUGUUAAUAAGCAUUUUCGACUGAGCCCUGUUUGGGCAGCUCUAGCUAUGGCUUUCAGCAGUAUAUCUGUUGUUUGCAGUAGUCUUGCGUUGGGGAUUGAGAAGCGGCAUUUCAAGCAACUAUUUAGAAGGAGUACUAAAAGCUAG